AUGGCUUAUAAACCACAUACGUACAGCUUGCCGCCUCUAGGCUACGAAUACAAUGCGCUCGAACCACACAUUUCCGCCCAGAUCAUGGAGCUCCAUCACAGCAAGCACCACAACACCUACAUAACGAGCCUUAAUGCUGCGCUCUCGAAUCUCGCUACCGCAAGUGCUGCCGGCGACGUUCCUGGUCAAAUUGCUCUCCAGCCUCUGAUCAAGUUUCAUGGUGGCGGCCACAUUAACCACUCGCUGUUCUGGCAGAACCUCGCACCCGCCUCCUCAGCUGAAGCAAAGCCGUCAUCGGCUCCAAAGCUCACUGAGGCUAUCAAGCAGACUUGGGGUGACGAGGCGGCGUUCCGUGAGGCCUUCAAGGCCGCACUGCUGGGCAUCCAGGGUAGUGGAUGGGGUUGGCUUGUCAAGGUUGAAGGCGCAACGAAGGACGACCGGCUCACGAUUGUAACGACAAAGGACCAAGAUCCUAUUGUUGGAAAGGGCGAGGUCCCCAUUUUUGGUGUGGACAUGUGGGAGCAUGCCUACUAUCUUCAGUACCUGAACGGCAAGGCUGCAUAUGUCGACAACAUCUGGAAUAUCAUCAACUGGAAGACAGCCGAAGAGAGAUAUCUCGGUAAGCAGGGCGAUGCCUUCAAGGUUCUCAAGGCCUCAAUGUAA